AUGAAGUUGAUAGGUGAAGAAGAUGAAAGGCCAAAAAUCAUAAUGAUUCCUUAUCCAGCGCAGGGACACGUCACACCAAUGCUAAACUUAGCCUCCACCUUCGCCGUCCGCGGCUUCCGUCCAAUCCUAGUCAUUCCAGAAUUCAUCCGCCGCCGUAUCUCCGCCGCGGCUUCCGAAGCAAUAUUCCUUGAAUCCCUUCCUGACGGACUAGAUGAGGUAAAUGGAAACUCUACCAUUGACUUCUUUUCCAUUGAGAAAGCUAUGGAGACCCACAUGCCGGCCCAUUUCGAAAGCUUUCUCACGGCGGAGCUCCGGCGAAGCAACAGCGGCGGCGGCGGCGGAGGAGGAGGAGAGGUUGUGUGUGUUGUGGUGGAUUUAUUGGCGUCUUGGGCAAUUAGAGUGACUAGAGGAUGUGGAGUUCAAGCGGUCGGAUUUUGGCCGGCUAUGUUUGCAUCUUACCGGUUGAUUGCCGCCAUACCGGAGAUGAUCAGUAGACGCAUCGUCUCCGAUACUGGUAAUCCAAUACACAAAGGUCCUAUAUGCCUUCAACAUGGUGAACCCAUAAUAUCCACAGAAGAGUUGCCAUGGCUGAUUGGCAAUUCAACUUCAAGAGCUUCAAGAUUCAAAUUUUGGAUAAGAACCUUGGAAAGAUCUAGAACUCUCCAUUGCAUCCUUAUAAACUCGUUUCUUGAUGAAGAACGAACUUCUAACGACAUUAUUAUAAGUCAAACAAAAUACCAUCCCAUGAUAAUUAGCCCUCAAGAGUUCAAUCAUCCUAUCAUAUUCCCUGUCGGAAAUAUAAUCCCGAAACAUGUCCCUACAAGUGGGAAAGUAAGUCUAUGGGAAGAAGAUCGAAGUUGCUUAGAUUGGCUUGACAAGCAAAGUCCUUCUUCGGUGGUAUACAUAUCAUUUGGGAGUUGGGUCAACCCUAUUGGUACAACACAAAUUAAAACCCUAGCUCUUGCUCUCGAGGCAUCAAGACGCCCUUUCGUUUGGUCCCUACGCCAUACCUGGCGUGAAGGGUUACCAAAAGGGUAUACCACAAGAGUGUCCAAACAAGGAAUCGUGGUUUCUUGGGUUCCUCAAAUAGAACUUCUCGGUCAUAAAUCAGUUGGAUGUUAUCUUACUCACUGUGGUUGGAACUCGAUUCUAGAAGCCAUACAAUGUCAAAAGCCUCUUUUAUGUUACCCCAUAGCUGGGGAUCAAUUCGUAAAUUGUGCCUAUGUUGUCGACGCAUGGAAGAUAGGGAGUAGACUCGGUGGAUUUCAACAAAGAGAUGUAGAAGAAGGGUUAAGGCAAGCAAUGGACGAAGGAGAUAUGAGGAAAAUAAUAGCUAGACUUAACGAAAGGGUCAUGGGGAAGCAUUCUAGUUUGCAAGUUAAUGCUAACCUCACUUCUUUUGUUGACAGUCUUAGCAAGUGCGUGUACAAAUAA